UAAUUAUCCAGUGAUAUUUAAAACCACUGAAUUCAUAUAUAUAUAUAUAUAUAAACUAUACUAUUUUAACUUCUUCUUAAACGAUUGGAAGGUUAAAGGGAUAAUAUAUCAUAUCAAAUAUAGAUAAUGAGUGAUCAAAUCGAUUUGGAUGAAAACGUUUGUAGUUUUUGUCUUGGUGGUGAUACUGAUAUACCACCAUUUGGUAAUUUAGAUGAUGCUAAAUCAUUUAUAAAACCAUGUUCAACAUGUUCAUUAAAAGCUCAUUCUAAAUGUCUUUUGGAUUGGUUUAACUCAUUACCAGCCGAUAAAUUACAAAUCAUCGAUGCUGAUUCCAUAAAAGAAUUUGACGCCGCUGUUAAUCAAUCUUCAUCCCAUAAUCAUUCUCCUACUACUAAUGAUAAUAAUGAUAAUGAUGAUAAUACCUUUUCAUCAAAUACUGCUAGUACCACCAUGCCAGGAUCAUUCUUUGAAGAUGAUGCCAUACCAAACUCAUCUAGUCCCACUAAUAUAGGUGAAAUUGGAAUGGGUCAACCACCAAUUAAUAAUAAUGAUCUUCAUAUAAAUUUAAGUUCUCAUACUUUAGGUCAAUGGUUAGGUAAUCUUUCAUUCAGAAUGAACUUUUCUGAUACUAGAAAUACUCCUAUCAAUGAUAACAAUGAUGGUUCAGGUUCACCUGCUACAUUAACCGCCAUAUCAGAUUCUCAUAAUCAACGUUCUACUCGUAUAAGUAGAUUAACAGAGUCAUUCCCUCGAUCCCCAAUCAAUAAUGUUGAUGGAUCAGGAUCUCCUUCAAAAGAAAUCGAUGGUACUUAUGUGGCAUUCUUAAUAGCUUCAUGUCCUCAAUGUAAACAAGAUAUCAUAUUUAGUAUGAAUCGAUCAUCAUUUCUUGCCCUUACAAAUGCUACCAAAAAUGCCAUUAUACGAAGUGUUCAAUAUGGAGCUAUUUUCCUUGGUUUUACAUCAGCUAUAACUGGGAUAGUUUCAAUGGGAUAUAUUGGUUUGACCACUUGUGGUUUAAAAAUGAUUGAUUGUAUUAUUCCAGGUCCAUUAUUAGUAAGAAUGUUAACUAAACCAUCUAUUAAUGCAUCAACUACAUCAGCUUCAUUAUCAAGUUUAUCUCAACUUUUAUUAGGUAAUCCUGAUAGUUAUGCUAUUGAUAAUUUAGAACAAGCAUUGGUAAAAGGAUUAAUUGAUCCUCUUAAAUUUUCCAGAAUUCCAGUGUUACCCAUUGUAUUAUAUAGAUUAAGAUCAUCAUCUUUAUUAAAUUGUAUUUUAGAUAAAAAAUCAAAUGAUUCAUUUAAUAAUUGGUUUACUGAAUUAAUGCUUACAGGAUAUAUUUCAUCAUUAGGAAAUCAUGAAUUAAUAAGAUCAUUAAUUAAAAAUAAUCAUUCAAUAUUAUUAAAAAUUUCAUCAAAUCCAUUACAAUUUUAUAAAUAUUUAACCAUUGAACAAAUAUUUAAAGGUAUUGAUUUUUUAAAGGCUAAUAAUUUAAUUUCAUUAUUAAUACCUGCUCGUUGGAUAUAUGAUGCUUUAUUCAGAUUAACUAUUAAUCGACUUUAUUUCAAUAUUGCUAUGAAAAUUAGACCAAGAGAUAUUGCUAAUAGUUUAAGUCAAGAUGAAGUUGAUAAUUUAGAAAUCAUUAAUAAUGAUUUAAACAAUUAUAAAUUAAAUUAUUCAAGAUUAUUAACUCAAGCUAAUAAGAAAUAUGAUAUUGAUAAUCAAUCAAUUAAGAAGAUCCCUGUCAUUUCAUCGGUUUAUAAAUAUUUAUUCAUCAGAUUAAGAUUAUUUAAAUUUGGUUCUGUUAUAAACCAUGCCAAAUGUCAAAUUAUAUCAAGCUAUUAUAAUACCAUUGCUUGUUUUAAAAGUGAUUAUUCCAGUACUUUAUUACAUAAAUCAUUUACCAUAAGAUUAUUAACUACAUUAGUUUGGCCAUAUGCAAGUUCAAAAAUUGGUAGUUUAAUAUUUCAUUUCAUAUUAAAAAAGUAUAAAUUUGAUAAGAAUGGUACAUUAUCAUCAGAUAAAUUAAUGUUAAUAAGUAAUUUAAUGGGAAUAAUUUCAAUGGUUAUUGUAAAGGACUUAUUUAAUUUAUUUUUAUGUUGGAAAAAGGCUAGUCAAAUUUCAAAAAUGGCUUUAUUAACCAUUGAUAAAUCUUCAUCAGUAUCUUCAUCAACUAUUAUUAAUCAAGAUAAUGAAACUGAUAUUGAAGAAGAUUUGGGAUUUUAAUGGGGUAUUAUUAUAUAUAUGAUUUGUAUAUAAAUAUUUAUAUUUUUAAUAAUGAUAAUAAUAUAUAAGAGAACAAAAUUAUGGGUUAAAUAUAGAGAGGAGGGGUAAAAUGUAAAAAUAAUACAAAAUUAUAAUAAGUACUGAUUGGAAGUAAAAAAGUUUGAUUAUAAAAAUAAUAAUAAUAAUAAUAAUAUUCGAUAAUAUCAUAUAUAACACAGUUGGUAGGAAUUUCUUUUCUUUUCUUUUUUUAAAGUCUAUUCAUCAUCAUAAUCUUCAUCUUCUUCAACUUUUCUUAAUGGUGGUUCAACUGGUUCAUCUUUCUUUUCUUCUUCAACUUCUUCCUUUUCAGGAGUUGCUUCCUUAG